GCAGGUGGUGCCGAAAUAAGAUAAACAUUAAUUGCCUAAAAGUCGCUAUGGAACGUUGGUCAGGUAAAGUGGCUGUAGUUACAGGUGCAAGUGCGGGAAUUGGUGCUGCUAUUGCAGAAGUUCUUGUUUCCCAGCACCUCCAGGUAGUGGGUGUCGCUAGGCGAUUAGAAAAGCUCGAAGAGCUCGCAGCUAAAUGGCCCGGAAAGAAUGGACAAUUUAUUCCACUCAAAGGUGAUAUUUCCGAUAAAGAUGACGUUUUAAGGAUAUUUAAAUGGAUCGGUGAUAACGUAGGUCCAGUAUCGAUUUUAAUUAAUAACGCUGGAGUAGGGAAAAGAACUUCCAUCGUAAAUGGUAACAUAGACGACUGGAAAACGGUGAUGGAUACAAACUUCUUCGGGUUAGCGAUCGCAAGUCGAGAAGCAAUUAAAAGUAUGCAAGACCACCACAUUGACGGUCACAUUGUUAACAUUAACAGUACACUGGGUCACGUGGUUAUCAAUGCGCCCAAUCAGAAUUUGUAUCCGGCAUCGAAACAUGCGGUCACGGCUUUUACAGAAACUCUCCGGAAAGAUUUGGUAGCGAUGAAGAGUAAAAUCAAAGUUUCAAGCGUCAGUCCCGGAUUCGUGGAUACCGACAUCUGGACCGCGAACCACCUACUCGAAGAUGAGCAUAUAAAGGAAGUAUUUAAAACAGCCCCGAAGUUAUCGUCAGAAGAUGUCGCUAAUGCCGUUUUGGCAGUUUUAGCCACUCCGCCACACGUUCAGAUCGUCGAGCUGAUCGUGAAACCUGUAGGGGAAUUAUUUUGAUGUCAUCGGCACUAACACAAAAUGCAAAAAGGAAGGAUUAUUUUUCGAUAUAUUCGAUGAUAUGCCGCCCUGUUUGGUAAGGGCAAAUGAAGUUAAUCUGUGUAGCAAAAUUAUGAAAUUGUUUUCUAAUUUUACUUUCUCUAUAUCUCCAUUAUUUUAAAAGUAGAUUUGUAAAUUUGGGUUUAA